AUGGCGAUGAUGCGUCGCCAUAGCGUCGCUGGAGGGGAUGCUGUCUGGACACUGAGUACUGCGAAGCCUGGGAAUGGUGUUGAGCAACUCAGAGACAACAACACGGACACCUACUGGCAGUCCGACGGGCCUCAGCCGCAUCUAGUCAACAUUCAGUUCCACAAGAAGGUGAGUAUCAAGGAGAUCGCGAUGUACUGUGACUUCAAGUUGGACGAAAGUUACACACCGAGCAAGAUAUCUAUCAGGGCUGGAACACACUUCCAUGACUUGCAGGACGUGAAAGAAAUCAACCUGGAAGAGCCAUGCGGAUGGCUGACGGUAGCAAUGAACUCUCUCAGAGCUUUCAUGAUUCAGAUCGCAGUGCUUGCAAACCAUGAGAAUGGUCGAGACUCUCACAUCCGUCAGAUCAAGAUCUACGGACCACGGCUGGAGGGGCUGGAGGUAGGAAGCAGCUCGUUCUCGACACCUGAGUUCUCCUCCUACUCUUCGAUCCGAUGA